AUGUCGGUUAUAGACCAUCAAAGACCACAAUCGGCCAGCAGACGAAACAAGCUCCAUUUCUUCACGCUGCGCUCUUCGAAGAAUUCUAGGAGCUCCGAGCGUCCUUCUAUUUUUAACGUGUUCCCCGACACCGAAACUGAGCUCUCAUUGGUGGACUUGAACAAAAGUAAUGAUGCUGACGGUCGCUGUCUGCGCAUAUUUUGUGAAAAGAUAAAGGAAGGAACAUGCUUUAAAACUAUAUGUAUCAAGGACACAACCACUGUUGGCGAAUGUAUCGAUGACCUGACCCACUUGAUUUUUGAGCCUUCCGAAAUUCAUAAGUUAAUGAACCCAGAAAGCUUAGUCAUGUUUGAAGCAGUCGGCAGGAUUAAACAAAACCCAGGAACGGCCAGUCAGAGCAGUGCUGGGGAGCUGCUUGUGAAUACUGAAUUCACGGAGGUCAGCUCACACCCUUUGGUCCCUAACCAACGUGUAAUGGAUGUCUUCUCCCUUAUGAAACCUGCUUCUGGUCUGUCUAGGAGGCUGGAACUGAGACCAAAACAGCCGCCAGCACGUACUCCGACUGCCAUAAAGUCCGAUAGACUAUCCCCUGAAACGACCUACUUUGGUCAGGACGGAAUCACUCCAUUACCCCAUUCCAAUGGUGCUGACAUGUCCCCGGAUAUUCACCUACUGCGCAAUAAGUAUUUUCCAACAAAGCUAGCCAACCAGCCUCACUUAUUACUUCUCAAGGGCAGUCGCCCGGAGAGGGAUUCUCUGAUGCACGACUUAAGCCCCCUCUUUAACGGUUCCAAGGUUAAGCUCUCUAUCGGCCUGUCAUCCAAGGACGAUAUUCGACUCUAUCUUCCGCCUGGUUCAAACAGAAACAAGUCGGGCACUGGCACUGCUUCGCCUGUCAGUUUGUGUAUCCGCGAGGUGGGGACGAGGAAGAGUCUCUGCCUCGUUAUUCCAACUCAGUGGAAUUUACCACAAUGUGGAGAUGUUAUAACCGUUUUUCACAAUUGGUUUGAUGUGAGCAGGGAGACUCCAGUGGAGCGUUACCUACAGCCUGGUGAUAUUCUUCGGCUGGAGGCCAGACAACUUGCUUAUAUUUUCCUCUUUAAGGAUCCGUCCUCGAUCCCCGAGCAUGAACUGAAGUUGGGUUUCCUCUCACUCCCACCGACGAGUUCUGUUUCUGAAUCGCUGAUAGGUACGCCCAGCAGUAAUCGCGUGAACCAUGUGCUACAGAUGCUCUUUCCUGACGGCGACGGGGCUGGAUGGAUGACCGACGGUUCUGUCACCUUCAUCAUGACCAAACCGUGGCCUGGCCUGCCGAACGUCACAGUUGCUGCAGCCUGCUACGCGCACUUGACUCGUUCCACAGUGAUCGCCUACGCGGCCGCGCACAGAUCCGAAAAACAAGUGCAACGAACGCUGGAGUAUCUACUGGGCGCCGUUGGUAGCACCCUGACUAAUGAAAUUGACGCUCUUGAGUCGUCAUUUCGCUAUGGAUGCGGUUUCAGAGAAUUUGAAAGCAUAUUCGGUUUCAUGAAGCCCCCAAAGACAUCAAUAACUCUCAGCUGA